GGGCCCGAUAGGCUAGACCCUGCCGGCCAGCCUGAGGGAGUGGAGGGACGCGGGGCCCCGCGCCUGUAGCGCUGGAUCCGGGCGUUAGUCACCUGGGUGUCUGAAGCCUCCGCGUCGCUGAGACAGGACUGGGGACUUAUCAGUGACAGUGAGAGCCUGGGCAACAUGAGAGAUUGGACAGCUCACUACACUGGAGAAUUUAUUGUUAGGAGAAUUAAUCCCCAAAGAGACUGAAGUGAGUCCCAGGAUGGCCAAAGAGGAGCCCACCAGUACCUUAAAGGACUUGCAGGAGCUGCAGAAGAAGCUGUCUUUGCUGCUAGAGUCCUUCCAGAAUAACUCAAAGGUGGUUGCCUUCAUGAAGUCUCCGGUGGGUCAGUACUUGGACAGGCAUCCCUUUCUGGCCCUCACUUUGCUGGUGUUCAUUGCUGUGUCGGCUGUACCUGUUGGGUUCUUCCUGCUCCUGGUGGUGUUCACCUCCUUGGCUGCUCUCGUGGGGGUCAUCUUGCUGGAAGGACUAGUCAUCUCUGUGGGUGGCCUUUCACUGCUUUGUGUCCUCUGUGGCUUGGGCUUUGUAUCAGUCGCAUUGUCGGGGACAAUCAUGGUGUCCUACAUGGUGGUGUCCAGCCUCAUCAGCUUCUGGUUUUCUCCCAGGCUGCUGAUACAGCAGAACCCCAGCACCGACUGUCAGUUGGCUAUGAAGGCCGCAGACUUCGAGGGGCUCUACCAGGAGUGACCAGCCAACUGGAACCAGGCUUUCCUCCCGCAUCUCCAGAAAGCUGUUGGUCACACUCGUCCACUGGGAUUAUGGCCUAGGAAGACACUCAGGCACCCUGUGGCUGGGUCCCCUGGCCUUUCCACUCACUAUGUGUAAAAUCCUGUUGUGGACAGCAUGGCUUCUCCCUGCCCUACGCUCUCCACGUGUGCAGCUUGACCUUGGCAGGGAUCUGGGCCUCCAGAGCCUAGGGCUUAUGUCCAGGGCCCCAGUUGGGGGUAAUAGUGAAUUGUUUUUUAGGGUGUUUAUUUGUUUAUUUUUUGAGGGUAGUUGUUUUUCACUCAUUUGAAAUGAGAUAAGGAGGAAAAAAUAUCCAAAAUAGAACCAGCUUAUCUGCCUUAUUUGUUUUUUAUCAGAAAGAACAGCAACAAUUGGGAAUAGGGUUCACUCAGAGUUGGAAGAAUCCAUACUUUGUGGCCAGGAGUCUUUUUGAAAACGUCUAAAGGUGUGGUUUCCAUUGUUACUGUUGAAUGCUGUUAAGUGCCAUUGACCUUUUACAUAUUUGCACUUGGUACUUUUGUAUUAUUUUAAAGAACUUGUCCUAUUCAGCCAUUUCUUAAAAAAAAAAAAGUGAAAGGACUACAAAGUAAAAAUAAAAUAUCCUGUG